AUGUCUAUGGCUGGUGAUAGCCGAAAUUCCACUCCUACCACCACUCCACCCACCACACCCGUAUCCCUCCCAACACAAACUAUCGAUACUUCAACCAACAAUCAUCUCAUCUCCAUCAAUGCCGCAGCCCAAACUCCCAUUAAACUUACACCCACAAACUACCAGUCAUUGCACACCCAAUGGUAUUCACUUCUAUGUGGUUACAAAUUUCUUCAAUUCGCUGAAACCGAAACCACCGUUGAUCAAUCCCAUAAUGAAUAUUGGUUUUGUCAAGAUCAAUUACUCCGCAGCGCUUUGAUUGGUUCAUUAUCAGCCGAACUCAUUCCAUUCGUUGUUGAUGCCAAGACUUCCUACGACAUAUGGCACACCCUUGCCGAUACUUAUGCUAAACCAUCUCGAAACCGUAUUAUGAGUCUUAGAGAAUCAUUAAGCAGCAUUAAGAAAGGAUCUAUGUCAGUUACCGAGUUCCUUCAAAAGAUCAAGCAAACAUCCGGGCAACUAGCCGCCGCCGGUGUUCACAUCUUCAUGGAUGAAAUCGUGUUACACGUUCUCCAUGGUCUCCCAUCUGAAUAUAAAGAAAUUGCUGCCGCAUUUCGAGCCCGUGACUCCAGCAUUAGCUUUCAAGAACUUCAUGAAAAACUCACAUAUUUUGAGUCAUAUGUCUCCCGCGAGACCGCAAACACCUCUCCUAUUGUUGCAAACUAUGCUGCCAAACCAUCUACCUCCUCUCGCUAUUGUGGACAAAGAUCGUCUCAUACUUUCUUUAUUUCUGGAAAGCAUCAAGGACCUCCAUAUCCGUCACCUCGGCCUUCUUUCAGCCAAUGGUAUCAAAGCAACCGUCCACGAGUAACUUGUCAUAUCUGCGAGAAACCUGGUCAUGUUGCUUGA